CAGCCCCCCUCCACUCACCAGCACGGACUUCUCCUUCCUAAUUACAUCCGCCCAUGUGUCGUGCAGAGGAUCAUGAUAGCUCGAUUCUAAUGACCUAAUCCCCCACCCCCCAAAAAUGGGCACCACCAAACCUCGUCCUUCCGGAAGGGCUUCCGUCGCCAAGGUCCAAUCUCUACCGGACAAGAUAUUCAUCAUUGAUAAUGGCGCGUAUACUAUGAAAGCUGGCUAUGCGCCUGGAUGCUCACCCCCGGAAGACGAAUCGAAGGCGCUUUCGGCGUGCUCGGAUAUCCCCAACGCGAUUGUCAAGACCCGUGGCAACAAGAUCUACGUCGGUUCUCAGCUCAACACGCAUGUGACGGACUGGAACGAGAUGACGUUUCGCCGCCCCGUCGAAAAAGGAUACACUGUGAACUGGGAAGCGCAGAAGGAAAUAUGGGAACACUCGUUUUUGGACGAAAAGACCGUGCGCAGCAAGGAUCUUCGCAUCACGGACCCGGAAGAGACGACGCUUCUGUUGACGGAGGCGCCGAAUGCAUUGCCGGCGCUACAGAAGAAUGCGGAUGAGAUUGUGAUGGAAGAGUGGGGAUUUGGGGGUUAUCUAAGAUGCGUUGGCCCGUCGCUGAAUGCUUGGAAUAACAUCCAGUCUCUGUUCGGGGAUCCUAUCGUGCAGGAGACAAACUCGGUUGUGCCCGCAAGAGAAUGUCUCCUAGUGGUCGAUUCCGGCUACUCUCACACCACCGUGACGCCGGUUUACAAGGGGCAGCCGCUCCAACGUGCAAUUCGCAGACUCGACCUUGGGGGCAAGCAUCUUACGAAUUAUUUGAAAGAGAUGGUCUCCGUACGACAGUACAACAUGGUGGAAGAAACGUAUAUAAUGAACGAAGUUAAAGAGGCAGUUUGUUUUGUGAGUAACAACUUCGCUAACGACAUGGAACAAACGUGGAAAGGCAGUCGGAAACGUGGCCUGCCCGAGCCCAGCGAGGGUGUGAUGGUAGAUUAUGUCCUCCCCGACCCCAAUGCAGGCAAGAAGGGCUUCAUGCGACCACACGAGUCUUUGUUGAAUGCCAAGAAGAGGAAGGGAGCUCUCUCGGGUGCCAACACGGAAGCACUAUCCGAAGACGCCCUGGUCUUGGGCAACGAGCGCUUUGCUGUUCCGGAGAUACUGUUCACGCCUGGUGAUAUUGGCAUGAAGCAGGCCGGGAUACCGGAUAUUAUCAUGCAGAGUCUUUCUGUCUUGCCUACCGGACUGCACCCCGCCUUCCUGGCCAACAUUUUGGUCGUCGGCGGCAAUGCGCUCCUCCCCGGAUUUGUGGAAAGACUGUAAGGUGGCAUCAUAUAUUCACGGAUUGGCAGAUUGCUAACCUGGUGCAGGGAGACCGAACUGCGUCAACUGGCUUCCGCGGAAUGCGCUGUACGAGUUCGAUGCCCUCAAGAGUAAGCGCUGCCCUACCGUCGACUGUCCUUGAGCUACAAGCUGAUGAUCCUUUGCGCACAGUCCGAUUCGCUCCACCUGGCUGGGGGCGUCCCGAUUUGCCACCAAUAAAGACGACCUCAAGAAAGUCGCAAUCACACGGCAGGAGUACCAAGAACACGGUUCUUCCUGGGCUAGUCGGAAGUUUACUGGUGCGCUAUAAGCUCGGUUGGCAAGGAUGUCUGUGGAGUUCAGGUUUCGCACGGGUUUGAUAGAAGUUGCUUGCCUGCC